CUGCUAAAUUUUCUAUCGAAACAUUUCAAGUACUUUGAAUCUUGCAGCGACAAAUUGGACGAGACAUACGCUUUGCUAGUUGCUGAAAGAGAGCGAAUUUCAGUCACUGAAGAUCAACUCCGUUCACUCCAGGCCUCAGAGGGGAGUGGUUUCAACUUCUCUAUGGUGAACGAGCAGGCUGUUGUGCGAGAAAUGCGAGAGAAGGCAGACUACGCGAAGCUGUUGGAGUCAGAGUUGGAAAAUACACGAAAGAAGCUCGAUGAUGUAACUAAGGACCUGAGGACUCAUGAAGAAAUCAUUAAUGUGUUGAAGGAGGAAGAUAUGGAAGGACGAAGAGUAAUUGCUGAAAAGGAAAGAAAAAUAAACGAGCUAGAAGAAAUGGUCCGUAGCAUGGGUUUGGACCGCUGUGAAGUGAAUCACUGCUGA